AUGGUUCUAUGUAAAGUUUAUUCUCAAGAAUAUCGUAUUCGUUAUUUAGCUCGUCCAUGUUCAACUGCGAUUUUAUUUCAAAUAACUUGUCUUUUUCUUACUUUUCUACCACCAUUAUUUACUGCUUAUUUUACAAGUGGAUUUUAUUAUAAAGAAUUAACGUAUAGUGAACAAGCUAAUGUAUCGUUUCUUGAAAAAUAUAAUAUAAUUAUUGAUUCAGUAUCAUCUCUUGCAUUUUCUUCAUCAGAUGCACGUUUAAACAAUUAUUUUGGUUCAAGUUAUUAUCCAAGUACUUUAAAAACGUAUAUAUCACGAGAUGUUGAUAGUGAUGGUAUUGAUGAUCAACUCAAUAUAACAUUAAAUAUAAUUUUACCACAGGUUAUUUCAAAUCAAAUUCUCAAUCUUUGGCUUGUCUUUCAAUAUUCACUUAAUCGAUUUCCAUUGAUUAAUAUGGAAACACUUGGAUUAAUAUCACUUAAAGCUCCUUCUUCGCUAUCAGAAAACACUAUAGUAACUGUACAUGGACAACUUCUUUUUCAUCAACGUGAACCAAUAUUAACUUAUCAAAAUGACUCAUCUAUUCAAGGUGUACUGAUAGAUUAUGGAACUUAUUCACUUGUACCAUCAUUUGAUGAUAUACUAUAUAGUUAUAGUUCUCGUAAUUAUUCUACAACAUUUCAUCAACAAUAUGUUCAAUGGUCAUCAUUACCUUCAACUAAUAAUUAUGCACAACUAACUAUUAAUGUUGUUGUUAAUAUGGGUCCACAAUUAUUUCGUUAUGUACCAAAUUUUUGGACAGAAUUUCGUUGGUCAUGGAUUCAAUAUUUUACUAGUUUAUUACCAUUUUUUUAUAUUGCUAAUAAAGUUAAAGAAUUUGUAUUUAGUAAUGGACUGGUACGAACUGUUAUUAGAAAAUCUCCUUAG